AUGAGCAAACGAGGAUCUAUUCCGGAGUUUGUGGAUGACUAUGAAGAUGAUGAGGAGGUGGAAUUGGUGGAAGCAGCUGAUUGUAGCAAAAAGUAACGUUAUUUUAAACAUUCUGACGUUAUAGUUUUGUCUUACAGUCUCCAAAGCUUCUGCAUCCGAUUGCUCAUCUCGCUUUUUUUGAUUGCAUGUGUAUCCGGCGCUGUUAUCUGGUCAUUUGUCAAUGGCAAGUUCAAAAACACUCUCUGUUUAGGAAAAUAAGUAAUUGUCUAGGUGAAAGCGGAACAAGUACUCAUGAAACGCACCGAGAUGCCUCCAAAAACUUCUCCAUCUUCAUAGAUCAGUACUCAAAGAAGGAAGGACUCUACGUGACAACCUACAAACUUCCGGAAGGUUCCGAUGAUACCGAACCAGUGAGUUCUUUAAAGUUUCACUGAAAACUUGUGUAUUGCAGAAAGUUGAAGAGUUCCAAUCAUUCUGGUUUCAAAGUGACACCAACAAAACUCUGUUGCAUCAAAUCACCCCGAACAUCACUAUUUACGCAUUCGAGCACCACGCAUACUGGUAUGACACGUCCGCUGAAACCCCGGUAUUGGCCUGUUUUCAAAAAAAGAUUUGAAAACCUUUUGUUAUUUCCAGAAAUGCACUUUCGACACCAACAUGAACUAUUUGACAUACAUCAAGAAUCUGGGCAUGACCACUCUGGAACGACAUCAUUCUGAAUACGUGAGUGUCUGCUCCAAUUCAAUCGUCUGGAGCCUUGAACACUUGACAGGAAGAGACACACAAUGGCGACAAAGUGUUCGUGUACCAGGGAAAUCCGAAUGAGGUCUUGUUGACGAACGUCAAUCAGAAAGCUUUUCUUGUAACCGCUUAUGCGGACGCCUCCACGGGUAGGUUCUGUUUUAUCCAGUGAUCUAUGUAUAAACGGGAAAACAAAGGUGCUCACAGCGGGGGUAUUCAAAAUUGAGAUCGUCUGAAAGUCCGGAAGUCCGGAAGUCCCGAUCCUCGGUUUUUUUUCCUAUUGCCGUGUGGUUCUCUGCCCAGCGCCAACUUCCUUGUUUUCAAAUGAUCGCUUUGCUCACUCAAUGUUUCUUUCUCAUGGUCCCACUUUAUCUUUUAGGCAAGAUGCACGUGUUUAUGAGAAAAAACGGACAACAAAAAGAUGGAGAUGAUCCAGUUUUGACCGCUUUCUUCAAAAUUUCAUCUCAUUUCAUUCCGCACACGACAUUGAGCCCGUCUCAAAUUCAAUUCAAAAUCCAUUUCUUUCCAUCCGUCCCGCGGUGUACAUAGUUGUGUUCUUUUUAGGAGCUCUUCUCGCCUGGGACACCUUCUUCACUUCGGACUCCGACAGCAGCGAGAUGGUUUUCAAGACGUCCUAUGAGUAUCCACAUAUGGUCCCGGCCAAACCAGACCCCUCUUACUUUUUUACUCCCACCGAGUGUUCACCGUGA